UUGUGUGUGUGUGUGUGAGAGAGAGAGAGAGAGAGAGAGAGAGAGAGAGAGAGAGGUCUUGUUGACUUCACAGAAGAAAAGAACACUGGAGAGACCUUAUCCAAAACAGUUGAAAAAGAGAGGCUGUAAAUUGUUUGUGUUGUGCUGGAUCCUCUGUGUGCAUGCAUCAUGCAUGUGGUCUGUGGUCUGUGGAAUUGGAAUUGAGCUUGGAGUGUAAGGUUGUUAUGGGUGGGGACGGAGAGAUUCACAUUCACAUUCACAUUCACAUUCACAAUCACAGAGAGGCGAUGAGAUGAAUGCCUCUGUUUCCAUCAUUCCCUCCUCCUCCUCCUCUACCUCCUCCUGCUGCUGCACCACCACCCUCCUCCGCCGCCGCAGCCGCAUAUUUAAAACUACCUCACCUGCUAAUAAAUCUAUUUUCACCUCCAACUCCAACUCCCAUUUUACUACUGCCUCGUCCUCCCCCCAUUACCACCGCCCUUUUUUACUGCGAGUAACAAAUGAUUCAAGUGGAAGCAGUGAAUCUGAGAGAAGAGAGGCAGUAGAUAGGAUUGUGGAUGGGAUCGAGUUUGGGGAGCUGUGCAAUGAGUUUGAGUGCAUCAGUAGCCCCUCCAUCGAGUCUACGGCUCGACAGCUUGUACGUGACAUCCUUGAGCUCAGGGAAGGCAAUCGCGCCCUCGGAACCUUUGCUGUUUCUGUUCAAUACAAGGACCCAGUUAGAAGUUUUAGUGGUCGUGACAAAUACAAGAGACCACUAUGGAUCACCGCUGCCCUCCACAAACCCUCUGUGAGUGUACAAGAGAUGAGCAUGUUAUCCACCAGUGUCCUAAGUAUCAAGUGGACUGUCAAAGGGAAGCCCAAGAACAUCGUUGGUGCUAUAGCCUCGGAUUUGAUCAUCCGAAUUAAUUCCCAAUUCACUCUAAACCAGAUAAGUGGGCAAGUGAUUGAGCAUGAAGAGUUUUGGGAUUUAUCGGCUUCCUCUGCCAUUGGCAAGGCAUAUUUCUGGACCUCGCGUCGUCUCUUUGCUACCAUUGAGGGUGGCAAAGACUUGGCUGAUGUUGUCAAAACCAUUUCAAACCAGUUUCCCAGAGAAAAACAGAAUAUGGAGAUUUAUCCUGACCCUUCUGGUGACCCAACUAAGUUCUUUCAAAGGGAUGACGGUUUCCAAAGAGAUGUAUACCAAAUUGCUCUGUUUCUGGCACUCGUCUAUUUUGUUGUUCAGCUUUUGAGGACAACCUUGUAAACCCCACAUUACCGUUGUGUACUCUAGUAAGUUAAGUUUACACUUGAAAUCUAUAUGCAUACUACUAACUAUGAAAUGUUGAGAUAUAUUGCAUCAAUGUUUCAGCUUACAUUUACAAAGACA